GUUUCUUGGCAUGGGCCCCCACUGUGUAGCAGGCUCCCUGGGGAGACCCUGGAGCGGGCGGUGCAGGCGCGACGGACGGCAGACGCCCGCGGGCGAGCUGCACGGCUGGCGCCGCGCAUGGCCGGGCGAGCGGCUCGGAACGGCGGCGGAGCAGCGCACCGUUUGUGCGAAGCUCGGGCGCGGCACCCAUGAGGAUUUGGCGGACGAUUCGACGGAGGGCGUCAGAAAAGGAUGGAAACUGGGUACCGCUCUGAUGAAGGCGAGCAAACCCCGUGGACUGGGAUGUCCACGGGAGCGGGCCGGAGCCGCUGACGCUGGACGACUUGCACCAAGCAUGCAAGACCUGCCCAGAGGCUGCCAGAUUGGGCUGGGAUAGCUUCCAUCCCAAGUGGAUUCUGAAGCUUCCCGAGGAGUGACAGACACGCUUGCCGCGGGUGCUGCACGUGUUUGAGCGCAGGCCAAGGGUGCUCUGGGACUUCAUCACCUACGUAACGUCCUUGGCUAAGCCAGACGGCGGAGUGAGGCCUAUCGGACUGUUGGCUCUCUUCCCCAAGUUAUGGUCAAAGAUGCGCCAGAAGAAGUGCGAGGCUUGGGAGUCGCGCCACAAUGUGCCCUUCUUCUGGGGCGGCUCUUCGCAGACGGCCUUUGACAAGGCGGAAUGGCCGCACAGUGUGCCAGCUGGCUCUGGGCGCGCAGCUGGCAUGAAUUGUGCUGCCGCGAUGCUGGACCUGGGGAACUUCGAGGUGCACACUCGCCUCAACUUCUUGUGCGAGGCUGCACUCCGCGUCGGUUUCCCGCUGAUGCUGCUCUGCGGGUUCUGCGUCAUCUGCGCGGGGGAGCGCGCCCUCAUCUUCCGAGGGGCGAGCUCAGCCACUUCGACGGGCGCACGGGGCGCGGUCAUCGCUGGGUGCUCGGCGGCGACUUCAUUGGCCCGGCUCCUACUGCUGGCACCUCUGGUGGCCGAUUCCCGCCUGCAGCUCUACGUUUAGGUCGGGCUUGUCCCCC